AUGUUUUUACCCGUUACUGUUUCAAAAUUAGUACGUGGUGUAUACUACAAUCGGCAUCUCAUUUCACUCAGUCGUAUUUAUUUGCAAAAUCAUCAAACGAAGUUUCAAUUCGUUUCCAUUUGGAAAAGAUUCAUAAGUACUACUCAAUGUGUAUGUCACGGAGAGUAUGAAUGGCAGGAUCCAAAGAGUGAAGCUGAAAUAGUUCAUGUAAAUUUUGUCGACAAAGACGGUAAAUGCACAGAAAUCAAAGGAAAAGUUGGUGACAACGUUCUUUAUUUAGCUCACAGGUAAAUUUAAAAAACAGUGAAUUUUAUGUAGUUUAUCAAAUUAAAUGUGUUUAAAUUUUAUUAGGCAUGGAAUUCAAAUGGAAGGUGCUUGUGAAGCAUCUUUAGCAUGUACAACAUGCCAUUGUUAUAUUGCUGACAAUUAUUUAGCUAAACUUCCUACUGCAGAGGAAAAAGAAGAUGAUUUAUUAGAUUUAGCCCCAUUUCUUAAAGAAAAUUCACGACUGGGUUGCCAAAUUAUAUUAGAUAAAAGUUUAGAUGGUAUUGAAAUAACACUACCGGCAGCUACUCGAAACUUUUAUGUUGAUGGUCAUACACCUAAACCUCAUUAA